UUCAUGCUUUUCAAACUCUAUUUUCUUUAUUCUCUUAUGCUCUUCAAAACAUAUUCUCUUUAUACUCUUGCUUUCUCCAAACUCAAUUCUCUUAUAAUAUAGUUACGGGAAAGACUGUUACACAGGACUGUAUACAAUCUAUAGAACCAUAUGGAUGGAAGCGUAUAAUUAGGCACUUAUCAAUAAAUGUGAGUGAUUUGGAUCCAUAUUAUGAUAACGAUUUUACAGAUAUAAGUAUGACAAGUGUGACAUUUAUGCGAGGCAAUUCACUGUAUAAAAGACCAUAUGGAUGGUAUCGUAUCGCUUUGAGAGUUACCGGGAAAUAUGAUGAUGGUGAUGAUAAAUGGCUUGGUAUUAGUAAAAAUUCAUGGCCAGUGUCGUACCAUGGUACCGCUAAACAUAAUGCAAGAACAAUUGCUAAAGAUGGGUACUCAUUAAGCAAAGGAAAGCGUUUUUCUUAUGGACGUGGCAUUUAUUCAUCGCCUGAAAUACAUAUAGCUGAAGAAUAUGCUGAGAAGUUUGUGUUUGAAGGAAAUACAUAUGUGUUGGUAUUUCAAAAUCGUGUAAAUCCUGCUAGAUUGCAAAGAUUUCCUGUUGGUAAUGGAGAGUAUUGGCUUUCUGAAAAAGAAGAAGAUAUCAGACCAUAUAGAAUUUGUAUUAAAAGAAA